AUGGCGAUAAAUUUGAGGUCACACUUAUCGGAAAAGGCUAAUCGGCAUGAAUUAAAGCUCAGUCGUCAGGUGAGCUCAGCAAAAGGACAUAUAGUCUGAAUCUGUCCUCCUUCGUAAUUCCGGUCUUCCAAAGUUCUCCAGCUAAGGCUCGGUCUAAGGUGACAUAAUAUGUGCGAUUUAUUUGCUGAUUAAAAUUUUAAUAACCAUGCAAUAACAGGGUUGUUAGGAUAAACACAGUUAAGAAAGUAAUAUCAAAAUUUUUGUAAAGAUAAAAUAAUGUAGGCUAAGUAUGUAGUUAGGUUUGAGUUUUGGUAUGAGUGAUGUAAAGCGCGUUUAAUUGAUCAUAUCCAUGCAGGUGUAAAUUUGCUUGUAAUCGUAAUCGUAAGUGGGAGUCCGAAAUAUUGGAAAUUUUUUAAACCUGUUUGUUUUUUAUAAAUUUCUAUGUCCUUUCUCUAGAUGGGCUACAUAACAAAUGGUGAUUGCCAAUCAAUUUUGAAUGAUGCGUUAAAUUUAGAAUUAGAGAACUCUACUAUUCUUGUUGGGAGUAUUGAUGUGAAACGUAAGUAGAACAUUUAAAUAAUUCGUUUUGAAAAUGAGGUACUUGGGAAUAUUCAUGUUGUGAAAAUGUUCAAUGACAAUGUUAUAAUAAACAGCCAAUUUUUCAAUAUUUCCUCCCUUCAGCUUUGGCAGUAGCGGUGUGUCGGUUUACGAAAUCAAAGUUGUGUCAAAGUGACAAUAGCAUAGUCGAAGAUCGUGGUUGGCGUUAUGUGGAGGAUUUAUUAAAUAAUGGCGGUGAAUGUCAAUCAUUUUAA